AUGGCCUCGGGCCCGAGUCCCAUGGACUCCCUUUACGGGAACCUUCUGGGCUCCGAAGUCCCUGCCAAGAAGGAAGCAGAUGACAUCUUCGCGGAGCCCAAGGCGCAGGCUGCGCCAGUUGAGAAGAAUGAGAAGAAAGAGCCAGAAAAGGAGAAGCCGAGCCCUGCGCUUCCACAGACCUUCUCAGCCGCCAAGCUGAUGAUGCCGCCAGUGCGGAAGAAGGUGGAGCCAGUGAAGAAGCCCUCCAUGCCUGCCUUAGAUCUUUCGAAGCUCGCAGCAGAGAAGGAAGCGCUUAUGAAGCAAAGGGCCGCAGCAGAGACCAGCAAGGCAGCUCAAGCGCCGGCGAGCUCUGCGCGACCUGAGAGCGAUGGGUCGGCCCAGAAUAGCCUUGGCAAGGCGGCGCUCAAUGAACCUAUUGCUGCCAAUCUGUUUGGCGAUCCCAACGAGGAGUAUGACCCCGCCAAGCCAAACGACUACGACGAGUUUUGCCGAAGAAGGAUGCGGCAAAAAGCAGAGGAGGAGAUGGAGAAGAGACGACAGGAGGCGUUGGCUCGACAGGCGAAGCCGGCAGCUGCUCAGCCGAAGGAGGAGGAUUUCGCCACAAAGAUGAUGAAGAAAAUGGGUUGGCAAGAAGGAGCGGGUUUGGGCAAGGAAGGGCAAGGCAUGGCAAAUCCUUUGGUCAUGCAGAAAACCGAUCAGAAAGCGGGCCGCAUCGUAGAGGGCUCCAAGCGCGAGGCACCAUCUCCUCCCCAGGGUCAGCCAGAACCAAAGCAGGCCAAGGCAUCGGCUCCAAAGUUGCCACCUACUCGGGUGUUGCUGCUGAACAAUCUGGUCGGUGCAGGAGACGUUGACGAGGACUUGGAGGAGGAAACUGCGGAGGAAGCGGGCAAGUAUGGGAAGCUCAAGAGGUGUGUCAUCAAAGAGCUCGCUGGCAAACCGGAUGAUGAGGCAGUGCGUAUUUUCCUAGAGUACGAGGACGUGUCAGCUGCGACAAAGGCGUUCGCGGACAUGAACGGUCGCUACUUUGGAGGGCGGGUGGUGAGAGCUCGAUUCUACGAAGAGGGGCUCUUCGCACAGGGGCAGCUCGAGGUAGGUUGA